UGCGCUGCGAUUGUUUUGUUUUGAUUCGGCUGAUCCUCUAUAUCGCAACACACAAAGUUAGUGCCUUUCUUUAUCAAAAUCGAAGUUUAAUUUUUAAAUCGUAAUGUCCCACAACCAUUCGCAUGGCCACGGUGGUGCCUGCGCCCACGAAGCCCUAGGAAUCGAAGAUGAGCUGGAGAUGGGAAUUCAGUACAGUCUGUACGAGAAAAUCGACACACUGAAUGUGGAAUGUCUGAACGAGGAAACGGAAGGAUCCGGCAAAACGGUGUUCAAACCAUACAAUCAGCGGUUGGAUUUCGACAAGCACGUUACCAGCGACGCCGACGAAGAACUGCUGUUCAACAUCCCAUUCACCGGAAACGUAAAGCUGAAGGGAAUCAUCGUGGUGGGCGCCAAUGACGACAGCCAUCCGAGGAAGAUGAGAUUGUACAAAAAUCGUCCAAAGAUGACCUUCGAUGAUGCGGGUGCCCAAGCGGACCAGGAGUUUGAACUUGAACGGGAUGCCAACGGAGUUAUCGAAUACUCUACUAAAGUCGUUACGUUCUCAUCGGUUCAUCAUUUGUCCAUUCAUAUGCCGACAAACUAUGGCGAAUCGAACACCACCGUAUACUACAUCGGAUUGAAGGGAGAGUUUAGCGAGGCACAUCACCAUGGGGUGACAAUUUGUACAUACGAGUCGCGACCAAACGUAGCCGAUCAUAAAAACGAUGUUUUUGAUUCGGUAAAUCAUCAAGUACAGUAGGUAGGUUAUCUCUUCAAUGGUGUCAAAAAUGUGAAUAUUGUUUCGAGAAUUUGUGAUCUAAUAUAUAAUAUUUCUAGACCAACAUUUGAAA